GUAAUAACCACAGGCAGUGCAAAGAAGAAUUGUUCUGUCUGCCCCUUUGAAUGGUGCUAUGAUGUGUGUGUUUCCUCCAAUAUGACGAGUAGAGGAGAAGUAGGAAACUUUGAAUGCUUACAAAGUAAUACUAGAAGUUCAAUCAUAAAUACCCGGACUUGCUGCUAGAAAUGAAAACAUCAAAAGCUCAUUCUCUUUUCCCUAUUUUAAUUCCAUAUAUUCUACAUCACAAUCACUAUAAUAAGUCAACAUGAAGCUUAACUUCCUUUCCACCGCUCUGGCCGUUGGCUUGGUCUCUGCUAGAGCUCACUAUCAACAAGAAAUCAUCGUCAACGACACAGAAGGCCAAUGGAUAGCACCUACAGCAACUGACUGUAUGUUUGAGGAGCUUCACCACUUUACAUUUUCAGCAAAAUACUAACGGAUGACAGACCGCGGCCCAUGUCCUAUGCUGAACACCUUAGCAAACCAUGGAUUUCUUCCUCGCGAUGGUAGGAAUCUCACAGAAUACAAUCUGGUCAAGGGUUUGAAGCAUGGACUCAACUUCAACAAAUCCCUUUCAUCCAUCAUGUUUCAGCAAGGUGUAUUCUCUAGUCCCGCCUACCCCAAUACUACUUUCUUCACCCUGUAAGAACUUCCUGAUAUGCUUGUUGGCUCACCACAUCAUUUGCACCAAUUACUAAUCCCCACUUCAGCGAUGAUCUCAACCGACACAACAUUUUAGAGCAUGAUGCAAGCAUAAGCCGCUCAGACGCCUACUUCGGCAACAAUCACGUCUUCAACCAAACUAUCUUCGACACAACUAAAAAGUACUGGCCCUCAGAGACACUCACAGCACAACAUCUCGUCAACGGUAAAAUUUUCCGCCAAGUUGUCUCCCGCACCACAAACCCAAACUAUACUUUCACAUCAAAGACUCAAUCAUUUAGUAUUGGAGAAAUAGCUGCGCCUAUCAUAGCUUUUGGUGACAAAAAUGCUUUAACUGCCAAUAGGACAUUAGUUGAGAAUUGGAUAGGUAUGUCUAUUCCGGAUGCACAGUUUUCAUAAUGUGAGCUAUAGCUAAUGUGAUUUUGCAGAAAGUGAACGAUUGCCAACGGAGCUCGGGUGGAGUAAACCAAAGGAGGAGGUUACUCUGAGUGAUAUCUUGUAUGUGACCGGGGUUAUGGCCAAUCUUACUUCACUCUUGAGUGAUGCGGUUAUUACGCCGAGAGAUGGAAACACAGGCACCCAUGCUAAGCGUAUGGGACAUUGGGGUGUAUCAAUGUAAAUGAACUACCACUGGGUACUAAUACGGAUAUGGAUGAUGUCAUCUUGGGAUAAAGAUUUUACUAAAUUAACGGAAGGGCGCGGGCGAAAUGGUUUCUGGUUUCUCAUGUUUAUGUAUAUGUCUUAGCUUUUUGAAAUUCGGUAUUCUUGUGGUUCGAACUUUCGAGCCGUAGUAAAUCAACGUUACUUCUAAUCA